AUGCCUCUGGAUAUCGACCCCAACUAUGUUCUGCAGGCCGCGCGACUGAUGGCCAUUGUUGCAGCGGUGCCUCGCCAGGAUGACCCUCGCUAUCCGGACUGGGAGACGAGGAUUUACCUCGAAGUGAGUCGGCUUGAAAAGAGUUUCCCGCAGCCCUUGAAGUCGUUGAAGAUGCCUGGGAUUGUCAUCAGCGCGUUGCUGGAAUUCACCCGGGCAUACCAGCAGAAGGCCCUGGUGUGA